AUGGAGAGUUUGGUAGGUAUCACAGAAUUUAUGACCCAUGGAGAGUUUAUAGGAGGGAUUUUGAAGCACCGCAGAUGUGAUUUCAUUGUCAAUGAAAUUGAUCUCAAUGGGAAUGUUAUAGAAUUCAAUGAAAACCAAGAAGAAAUUUCUGAUUUACAGCAGCCCACCAUCUCCAACUCAGGACUUAGUGACGAGUCCAUAAACGGACUGACAAGUGCUUUAGGAGAAGAAAAUUGUGAAAAAAUAAAAAAUCUAGUCGAUGAAAUCAAUGCUGGGAAUCCUGAUGCCAUUUUAGAGCUGGAAUGCGACAAUAAUAAAGAAUCCCGCACCAGAAUACAUCAAGCUAUUAAAAAAUUCGCCUCAGGAUUAGGAACUUCUACUGAUUUAGCAACAAAUAAAAUUAAAGUUUAUAAUGGGGAGCUGACAAAUAAUCCAAAAAAACGAAAAAAGUUUGGAAUUGAUGCCAGAAAAUUAGUGAAGCCUCCAGCAGAUUUUAUUGAAUUUACGCUAUGAAAAGAAAAUAUAGAAACAAUGGGUGCCAUUAAACAAAUUGCAAGAAUGAUAGGGACAAAAGACAAAUAUCUUGGCAUUGCAGGAAAUAAAGACAAGAGAGGAAUAACUACACAAAGGGCUACUGUAUUUUGCAAUUUAUUGCCAGUUCUGAAAACCACUGAUUUUGGAGAAAAUAUUAAGAUAGGAAAUUUCAAAUAUACAGAUAGGCAGCUGAAGCUAGGGGAUUUGAAAGGAAAUCAAUUUACUAUUGUUAUAAAGAAUAUUGAUAGUAGUAUUCCUAGUGAAGUUUUAAGCUCGAGGCUAGAAGAAUUAUCAAGAAUUGGCUUUGUAAAUUAUUCAUUUUACAUAUAAAUUUACAAAUAGCUGGUAAACAUAAAUCUUAUCCUAUAACAAAUAUAAUGCAAUUCUUAUUAUUUUUUGAGAUUAAUUAAAAAAUAAAUAAUAUUUUGGACUUCAAAGAUUUGGAAAAUCUGCCAAAAACCCAACACACAUAAUCGGCCUUGCUAUGAUAAAAUGCGAUCACCGCAAAGCUGUUGACAUGAUUUUAGGAGCUCGAGAUUGCAAAGAUCCUGAAGAGUAUAAAGCCAGAGAAACCUGGGAGCAAACACACAACGUUGAAGAAACCCUUAAUCUCUUUCCAAAACAUUGUGUAUUAUAUAUUUAGUAUAUUUGAUUAAACUAAAAUGUAGCGGUCGCUGGGAUUAUUUCAGCCCUUAGCUGUCUUGCCGCCGUUUCAGAUCAGUGACCCUAAGCACCGGCGUCACACACCAUGUACUUUUCUGUCUACACCACAAAAAAAGUGAUAUCAGCUGUUUCUCGAAUAUGCUUAGGUCUAGCUCUGUGACAUUUGACUCCUUAAGAGUAAGUGGAAGGAGCGCCAAUAUCUACUUUUUCGACUAUCUUGCCUUGCUAAGGCGUAUAAUUACUUCCAAGAGUGUGAGUCGGCUUUGCACCUAGAGUUUGCCGUCAUCUGUAGUUUGAGGAGUUAAGCCUGUCAUGGUAUCCCGACCUGUCAAAAGCCCAGUCCGGACUUCCUGAUCAAUCACCACCUGACCUUAUACGACUCGCCAUCUUUUAAAAAAUUGUAUUUAAUAUAUGGAAAGAAAUAUUUUAAUGGGCAUGAAAAAAGCUGGAGGAAACGAAACAUUUUUAAACGGAAUUAUGAGCUUGCCAAGAAACUCCAGGACACUCUAUGGGCACGCCUACCAAAGUUAUAUAUGGAAUAAAGCAGUUUCUUAUAGACUGACAUUAUCAAGAUCCCCAAGUAAUCCGUAAAUAGUUCCUGGAGAUCUUAUAUUAAUAAGAGAAGGACAAUUAAAAGUGCUGGAAGAGGCGGAUUUGCAAAAUUAUUCAAUAAACGACAUUGUGCUCCCACUGCCAGGAGCUAAAAUUGAGUAAAUAUUAUAUAGGUUUCCUAAAAAUGAAAUGGCUGAAUUUUAUCAAAAAUUAUAUGACGAAGACCAAGUAACAAUAAAUACAUAUACAGAAAUCUAUAAGUAAAAAAUAAGCAGAGAAAUGGCUCUUUCAGGAGAUUAUAGAAAAAUCGUUUCAAAGCCAGGGAAUUUUGAAUGGAGCGAAAUUUAUUUUCCUGAUUUAGACACAAAUGAGCCUUCAACUGGUCCUAUUCGAAGUCUGAGAAUAAAAUUUACCUUGCCUCCAUCAUCUUAUGCAACUAUGUGCCUCAGAGAAAUUAUGGGAAAUAAUGAAUAUUUAAGUAACGAAUAA